AUGGCAUCGAAGGAAAUACACACUUAUAGCUACUUUCGCGCCUCAAAAACCGAGGACCUUCUCGCAGCGGCUCAUCAAUACAAAAAGCUCCGCCUGGAAGCGCUGCAGCUUUCCCCUUCUUCUUUUGCUUCCAAUUACGAAGUCGAGUCUCAAUUUACCGACGAUUACUGGGUCUCAAGAUUGACGCAAGAUGGUGCAGUAACUUUCAUCUGUACUGCAUCUCGAAUAGCUGAGAACGAUAUCUCGAACGACAUUGAACCAAAAUGGGUGGCGCAAGUCACCUUCCUAGGGCCUCAAGCCGAGCAAGAUUUCACCAUCCCAAUUGACACUCGAAACUUCCCUGUGAUCACCAGCACAUCUGAAAAGCAAGAACGAUGGCAGAUGCUUGGUCUUUUCACCCAUCCUUCCCAUCGAGGCAAAGGCAUCGCAAAGACCCUCACACGGAAUGCUUUGGAUUAUCUUACCACACGUCAAGACCGGACGAGGGAUAUUAUAGUUCGUCUCAUGGUGAAGCCUGGGAUGCAUGCUACGAUUAAGAUGUAUCAGCAACUCGGAUUCGUCGAAGUGGGCUACUGUUCUCUUGCAAAUGCUCUGAUUGGGAAUGGAGAUCGACAGAAUUUGCCAGAAGGCUAUGAAAAUCUGGACAAGUAUACUGCUUGUACUAGCCACGUCAUGAUGCAGCAUUUUUCGAGUUGA